AACGUCACACCUGAAAGCACAGUGAAGCGCUUCUUUGGAAAAUCUCGGACUAACUUCUUACUCUCGCGACAUCUGUCAGCCCAGCAAACCGCACAAGGUCACUUGCACGUGCGCGUGGCUGUCAGCGGCGGCCGGUCUGAGCAGCCUGACUGCAGCUCUUUCUAGAAGAAACCUCUCACUCGCUCUGUUCAUCACCAGCCGCUUCUCACCCCGAAACCACAACUUUUUCAUCUCAGCGAUGGCCAGAGGAAGCCGCAGCCGCCCCUCUGCUCCAGCGAGCCCAUCUCCAUCCCAUGCUCCAGCCCCUGCCCAUCCACCCCCUUCAGCCCUGGCCUCAGCCCCAGCCCAGCCCCAGGGACCGGGGCUCAUGGCCCAGAUGGCUAGUACUGCCGCUGGGGUGGCAGUCGGCUCGGCUGUUGGCCAUGUCAUGGGCAGCGCCCUUACUGGAGCUUUUAGUGGGGGCAGCAGCAGCAGCAGCAGCAGCCCAGAGCCAGCAAAGCCUGCAUAUCAGGAGCCCCCUCGGCCCGGCCCGGCCCAGCAGGGCCCCUGUCACUUUGAGGUGAGACAGUUUCUGGACUGUGCCACCACUCAGUCUGACCUGAGCUUGUGUGAGGGCUUCAAUGAGGCUCUCAAACAGUGCAAGUACUCUCAUGGUGUGACAUCACUGGUGUAAAGGAAGUGUGUCUGAAGUCAUAACGAGCACAUUUCCAUCAUGUAAAAACCUUUGUUGUAGAUAUAUAAACCUUUUCUGGUCCAGUAAAAAAAAAAGAGAAAACAUCAACACUAUACCAGUCAGCGAGGAAUCUAAAGAUUAUGGAUCUUCUGUUUGUUUGCUCUGUUGAUUGUUUGAUUGCUGUGAAAAGUAUGGCAGGUUUUUGGUAAUGUACAGUAAUUAAAAAAUUGAAUAAAUAGCUGCUACCUACUGUCA